GAUAUUGUACUCAGAAGGGAUUUUUAAAAGUUUAUCGUUUUGAUGAAUGAAAAACUUUAUUGAUCAUAGUGAAUUUCUUGUGGACUCUUUCUCACCUUUUUCUCUACUUUGUGCAGAAGCGCUUCAGAAGUUACCUUCUGCUGAGGCAGAAAAACAUUCAUGUUCAAUUUGGCGUGGAAAGUACAAUAAGAAUGUAGCUGGUCACUACAUAUCCCCCUUUCAUGAUAUUCCUCUGAGAGUGGACCCUAAACAGGAAAAUGGCAUUCCUACAAAGAAAGCACGGAAUGAUGAAUAUGAGAAUUUGUUUAAUAUGGUUGUAGAAGUACCUCGGUGGACAAAUGCUAAAAUGGAGAUUGCCACCAAGGAGCCAUUGAAUCCCAUUAAACAAGAUGUAAAGCAUGGCAAGCUACGCUAUGUAGCGAAUAUCUUCCCUCACAAGGGUUAUAUAUGGAAUUAUGGUGCUCUCCCUCAGACUUGGGAAGAUCCCCGUCAAACAGAUAAGAGCACAAACUGCUGUGGAGAUAACGAUCCUAUUGAUGUUUGUGAAAUAGGCUCAAAGGUUCUUACUCGUGGAGAGGUUAUUCCUGUGAAGAUUCUUGGAAUUUUGGCUCUGAUUGAUGAGGGUGAAACGGAUUGGAAAUUAAUUGCUAUUAAUGCGAAUGAUCCUGAUGCCUCAAAAUUUGAUGAUAUUGAUGAUGUUAAGAAGUUCAAACCUGGGUACUUGGAAGCUACUCUCAACUGGUUUAGAUUUUAUAAAGUCCCAGAUGGAAAACCAGAAAACCAGUUUGCUUUUAAUGGAGAAUUCAGAAACAAGGCUUUUGCUCUUGAAGUUAUUAAAUCUACUCAUGAUCACUGGAAAGCACUGCUCAUGAAGAAGUGCGAUGGAGGGGCAAUCAAUUGUACAAAUGUUCAGGUGUGUGAUAGUCCUUUUCUUUGUACUCCAGAGGAAGCAAGAUCAUUUGUUGAAUCGAAAUUAUCAUCUUCACGGAAUAAAGAAAAUAGUGAAGAAGAGCAAAUAUGGCACUUCCUUGGCAAGUGAGUGAUUUCUUUGAACUUCUGCCAUCAAGAUUUUCAUCUCUGCGGACUCCAAGGCUUCAUAUCAGUGCUACAAGUAUUUGCUGACUUCCUCUUGAAUCUUUUUUUCUCACAAAAUUUUUAACAUACAUAAUAUGUAAAUAAAUAAAAAUUGAAACUUU